GCCACCAUGUCCACAACUGGACCAAUACGCUCGAAUUCGCGCAGAAGCACGCGCUCAGUUCAUUCCAAACCGUACUCUCGGCCGGCUACCACGAAGAAAUCCCCGUGGGCUAUAGCAACUGGACUGCUCAGUUUUUUGAAUCCAUUACGGAGUCGACGAGAACCCCCGGCAGACUCAAGUGAAGAUGAAGAUGAUGAAGAAACACACAUCGAACGAGUUGCACCACAAAAUCUAUCUGCAAGAGGGCGCCAGAUGGCUCACAAUCUUGCCAUGGUGUCACCAGCUCCUGUCAGCAAGCCUACUCCACAUCUUUUACUUGACUCUUCAUCUCCCCAAAAAAAUCUCGAAACAGUCGUGUCUUUCCUCGAUCAGCGGCGCGGUCAGACCAUUACUCCCCUGGAAGCGGAGGGCUUGAUAUCUUUGAUUCACAAGAGCACUCCUCCCGAUAAGCCCGAGCCUUUCCGCUUCUCGUCCAGUGCUAGUCUUCCGCCAACUCCCGCCCGUGGCAAUUCGCCGGUGACGCCCACAACUGAUUUGUUUGUCGUGGGCCCCUCCGGCUCCUCUGGGGCCAUGAAUCCUCGAAGAACACUCUCGAAGAAUCCUAAUGGUAUUUAUCGUUGGUCAGGCGGUGGUUCAGCGCGUCCAUCAAAAAAUCGUUAUACCUCACCCGCCUUCGGUACUCCUUCCAGGCCUUCUUCCCCCCAUCUUGUUUUCCGCGACUCUCCCAAGGCCGAAGCACCUACCAAGCGUCGUCGGUUGGAAACUCCUUCCCCAGUACCUCCUGCUGUCCCACGGUCAGCAGGCCCUGCCCCAUCUCCCACUCGACUUGCCAGCGUGCCAGCACUUGCCACGCCAGCUCAACCGCCUACCACCCCGGUAAAAUCUAUGACAAAGGUAAAGAGUGUUCCUGUCGUACCUUCACCUCUUCGUCAAGCAUGGGGAAGCUCGCCUGCAUCGUCUGUAUCAUCUAGUGCAUCUUCGCCAACCACGUCAACAAAGGCUGCCUCUCUCUUAACUGCCAUUAUUCGUGAUGCGAAUGCUGAACUUCCAACGCGGUUUGCCGAUGUUCGCAACCCGUAUCAAGCAGCGAGCCCUGUCAGCAGACGAGUAACCAACACCCAUGCGCCAGAAACGACUUCUCGAAAACGCCCCCGUGGCAAUAAUGCCAACAAGGAGGAAGAUAAGGGAGAAAAGGUGAUCGUACCCCCACAAGACAUCAUGGAAGCAACAAUGCCGAAGGGCAGCAAACGGACUCGCCCGCCGACAAAUCUUCAUGUACCCUCUUCAACUUCACCACGACGUAGUCCACGGUUGGGGUCACAACGUGACGAUGGGGACACCAACGAAGAACAAGGCCCAGCAUCCAAACGCGCUCGCAUCCCUGAGGAACCUCCCGAUGACAUACCGGCGAAGUCAAGUGUUAUCGAGGCAAAAUCUGUCUCAACACCUAUAACCGCAUCGUUACCUAGCCCUAGCGAACAAAGCAGACCUAAGCCUCUAGCCAACGUUCCAAGAGAGCCCUCCAAACUACGUCAUUCGUUCGCACCUCCAGCGACACCACCACCACUAUCAGGAAUUGAAGCAUCAACGAUGGAUCCUAAAGACAGGGCACGUUCAUUACCUGCCUUGUCACUCCCAACUUUCAGUUUCCCUGCACUUACAAAUCCAUUGCACCUUGAUGAGCAUUCAGGUGUUCGUGAUUCCGUGCGCCGAAUGACAAAGCGCGAUCUUCCGACUUAUGACUUCACGCGACCUUUGACCGACAAGGGCAAAGCCAAGGCGGUGGAGGGCUUUAACUGGGCCGCUGCGGGUGGUGCCGCGCCCAAACUCUCAGGGUGGAGGUGCGACACGUGCUUCUUGGACAACGAAGCAGAGAAUUUGGACCAAUGUGCUGUGUGUGAAGCACCCCGCCAGCACAAGGAGCAGAAAGUCGAAACGAAGGGUUUUGACUGGGCUGCUGCCGGGUCGAUCAAGCCAAACAAGAUUUUAGACGGAGACUGGAUUUGCGGCCUGUGUAUGCUAAAAAACCCCUCAACGGCUUCCGACAAGUGUAGCGUCUGCGACAGCCCUCGAUGA